AUGUUUGUUUGCCGUUUAUGCGCGACAAUGACAAGAUUCACUGUGGGUAUUUUGUACAUUCUACAUCAGUUGUUUGACAAAUUAGCUUUUGUCAAACCAGUUCUAUCACAACUGUCUUCACCACAACGAUUUUUGGUGUGUAAGGGGUAUAACAGUGCAGAUGUCCAUUUUCCAGCAUAUCUGGUAAAAGUUCUUAAUCUAAUCGUGAAACUAGACCAUGAACAGUCAGCCUUAGAUGUUGUUGAGGUUGUACCUAUGGGUCUUCUUUACAGUGAGCCAUUUUACUCCUUUGUGAAAAAGACAAAUGAACAGUUAGCUCAUUUGGAGCUCCAGAACAUUGUUCAUCUUGAGAGCAUCUAUUUGUGUCCUGAGAAAGGGCCGUCCAGUGAGGAGAUUUCUAAACUCAGAGAAGAAAUUAUGGAGUACUUGGAAAAAUGA